CCUGAGCGGGCGGUGGUCAGUGUGGUGGUGGAUGUCGGUGGCGUGAGACGCGCAUCGCUCCCGAGCCGAGGCGGAUCACGUGCUGCUGUGCUGGCUGUGGUCCCCGCGGCGGUGUACGGCGGGCGUCGCGGGGCCUCGCGCCGUGCUGUGCCGUGCCGCGCUUUGCUGUGCUGUGCUGUGUUGUGUUCUGUGUCGCGCUUUGCUGUGUUGUGCCGUAUCGUGCUGAGUGUAGGGGAAGGGUGAGGGCGGGAUGGUGGGCGGUGCCCACAGGAGGGUCGCGUUGGCGGCCUGUGGGCGCUAGGAGCCAUGGAGGGGGCUGAGGGCGGCAUCCUACCGCACGAACCAAUCCCGGCACCGCCCAUGUUCAGCGGGGAGUCGCCGGGCGUGGCGGACACCACCUCGGAGGAGGAGUCGCUGUACGGUGGCCUGCUGGACCGCCUGAGGGACGCACCGGAGGAGGAGGCGUGGCUCGGGCUGCCCCGCAGUCAGAGCUACUCCGAGGGCAGCCUGCAACAGGUCUCGGCGCCUGCACUCCCGCACGCCCAGAGCCACCAUGCCCUGUUGGAGGAUGCCGCGCCGCCGCCGCAGCAGCAGAGAGAGCAGCAGGAGGGGUCCCACUCGUGCUUGCACGCCUUGCACACCGUGGUGGCGUGCCAGCAGGAGCAGAUCCGCGUGCUGCAGGGCACGCUGCGGGACCUGGCGGCGACCUACACGCGGCGCGAGCGUUCCCUGCUUGCUCGCCUCUCCGCCCUGCAGCAGGCGCGCCCCGCCAGCCCCGCCAAGAAACAAGCAUCGGAGGCAGAGGUCAACACAGGGAGCUGCCACCAGAGAAAGGACAGCAUAGUGGUGAGGCUCCUACCCACCCCCGCUGCCCUCAAGCCGAGGACGCCCAGGACAGAAGGUUACGGUGAAGCCACUGGGCAGCAGCAGUGGUGGAUUGGACUGCAGGCAGAUGAUCCCUUGACGGGACAAUGGCUGGAGUUCCAAGGUCCUAGUUAG